AGGGGUUGUGGUACUACGUGGUUGCCGCAGAGCUCGCCGGCCAGUGGGCCACGGCCAGAGAGCGGCGGACGCGGGCGGCCGGGCGGUGGGCCCUGGCCUGGGGCCUGCGGAGCGAGCGCUGAGCUGGCGGGGCGGGCCGGGACGUGGGCGGCGGCCCCUCCCAGCGCAGGUAAAGGCGGCUGCGCCGAGCUUCUGAGGGCGACGAUUCGUCUGACGCCGCUCUAACCUGGCCUGUCAGUGCGUGGCGGGAUCCCGGGAGCGCCUCACCACGUCCCCGUCACUCUUAAGCGAUUAAUUUCUAAUGUUUAUGUAAGACAGAAGAAAAGGAUGUCAUUCCGUAAAGUAAACAUCAUCAUCUGGGUCCUGGCUGCUGUCCUCUUCUUACUGGUUUUGCACCAUAACUUCCUCAGCUUGAGCAGUUUGUUGAAGAAUGAAGUUUCAGAUUCAGGAAUUGUGGGGCUUCAGCCCAUAGACUUUGUCGCAAAUGUUCAUCAACAUGCAGUAAAUGAGAGACAAGAGGAGAUUCCCGUGGUUAUUGCUGCCUCUGAAGACAGGCUGGGUGGGACCAUUGCAGCCAUAAACAGCAUUCAUCAAAACACUCACUCCAAUGUGAUUUUUUACAUUGUUACAUUCAACAGUACAGCAGACCAUCUCCGGUCCUGGAUGAACAGUGGUUCCCUGAAAAGCAUCAGGUACAAAAUUGUAAAUUUUGACACUAAACUUUUGGAAGGGAAAGUAAAGGAGGAUCCUGACCAGGGGGAGUCCAUGAAACCAUUAACCUUUGCAAGAUUCUACUUGCCAAUUCUGGUUCCCAGUGCAAAGAAAGCCAUAUACAUGGAUGACGAUGUUAUUGUACAAGGUGAUAUACUUGCCUUGUACAAUACACCACUGAAGCCAGGACAUGCUGCUGCAUUUUCAGAAGAUUGUGACUCAGCCUCUACUAAAGUCAUCAUCCGUGGAGCAGGGAACCAGUACAAUUACAUCGGUUAUCUUGACUAUAAAAAGGAAAGAAUUCGUAAGCUUUCCAUGAAAGCCAGCACCUGUUCCUUUAAUCCUGGAGUUUUUGUUGCAAACUUGACUGAAUGGAAAAGACAGAAUGUAACUAACCAGCUGGAAAAAUGGAUGAAACUCAAUGUAGAAGAGGGGUUAUACAGCAGAACACUGGCUGGCAGCAUCACCACACCUCCUCUGCUUAUCGUAUUUUAUCAGCAGCAUUCUACCAUUGACCCUAUGUGGAAUGUCCGACAUCUUGGUUCCAGUGCUGGAAAACGGUAUUCACCCCAAUUUGUAAAGGCUGCCAAGUUACUUCACUGGAAUGGUCACUUCAAGCCUUGGGGAAGAGCUGCUUCAUAUGCUGAUGUUUGGGAAAAAUGGUAUAUUCCAGACCCAACAGGAAAAUUCAGUUUAAUCCGAAGACAUAUGGAUACCUCAAACAUAAAGUGAACUACAAUUUAAGCUAAAUCUGCCACUCAGGCAACCCUGAAAGACACUCUGCGUGGGAAGAUAGCUUGAGUUUCUCUGUACCAACCACAGAAAACAGUUCAGCUGGGUAGAGAUCACAGAUCUCUGGAUGACUACCAUGUCUCCAUCUGCCUUACCAAAUGUUUGCUUACUAUAUUGCUGACUGACUUUAAGGACAGAAUGAGAACUCCAGCACACUGUAUCUGGCUGCUGUAGAUAGGAACUGUUGUUUGGUUUUAGUUUUGUAACCUGUGGCCUGGUUUGGAAAUAAAAUCUACAUUUUCCAAUUGA